AUUCCAAUUACUCCUUUCAGUUUUCCUAUUUUAUCAGAUCUGUAUUAUACCUACCCAAUUCACAUUCCACGUCAAAUACCAUAUUUGUACUUCGAUUUCAUUCUGAUCUUCCGGGCAAAAAAGGAGAAAAAUUCCUUGUAAAGAAGGAUGUUUCGUUUCGAAGAGGAAGUGAUCCGAAAACGAAAUUGAUUCCGCGUUUUCUUUUCCCUUGCCAAAGGAAACAUCACUGAGGCUAUCGCAAUGGCGGAUGCAGUGAUUCCUGCUGCAGUGCUUCGCAACCUUGCUGACAAGCUCUACGAGAAGCGCAAGAAUGCUGCUCUUGAGGUUGAGGGAAUAGUGAAGCAGCUUGCUGCUGCUUCCGAGACAGAUAAAAUAACGGCUGUGAUCAAUUUGUUGACUACGGAAUACACUGGUUCGGUUCAAGCAAAUCACCGAAAGGGGGGAUUGAUAGGAUUAGCCGCUGUGACUGUUGGGUUGUCAACUGAAGCAUCUCGGUAUCUUGAGCAAAUUGUCCCCCCAGUGUUAGGUGCUUUCACUGAUCCUGACAGUAGAGUUCGUUAUUAUGCUUGUGAAGCGCUGUAUAAUAUUGCUAAGGUUGUAAGAGGGGAUUUUAUCGUAUUCUUCAAUCAGAUCUUUGAUGCCUUGUGCAAGCUUUCUGCAGACUUAGAUCCAAGUGUACAAAGCGCUGCUCAUCUCCUAGAUAGACUUGUGAAGGAUAUUGUGACUGAAAGUGAUCAGUUCAGUAUUGAAGAGUUUAUACCAUUGUUGAGGGAGCGUAUGAAUGUCCUGAAUCCAUAUGUUCGUCAAUUUUUGGUUGGAUGGAUUACUGUAUUGGACAGUGUCCCUGAUAUUGACAUGCUGGGUUUUCUUCCUGAUUUUCUUGAUGGUUUGUUUAAUAUGUUGAGUGAUUCAAGUCAUGAAAUUCGUCAGCAAGCUGAUUCAGCUCUUUGUGAGUUUCUUCAAGAGAUUAAAAACUCCCCAUCUGUAGAUUAUGGUCGAAUGGCUGAAAUACUGGUACAGAGGGCAGGUUCUGCGGAUGAAUUUACUAGAUUAACAGCGAUCACAUGGAUAAAUGAGUUUGUUAAACUUGGUGGCGACCAGCUUUUUCCAUAUUAUGCUGAUAUUCUUGGAGCCAUUUUGCCUUGUGUAUCUGAUCAAGAAGAGAAAAUUAGAGCGGUUGCUCGUGAAACCAAUGAAGAGCUACGUGCAAUCAAGGCUGAUCCAGUUGAAUCGUUUGAUGUAGGAGCUGUUCUCUCCAUUGCCAGGAGGCAACUAUCUAGUGAAUGGGAGGCUACCCGGAUUGAAGCUUUGCAUUGGAUAUCAACCCUUUUAAACAGACACCGUGCUGAGGUUUUAACAUUUCUGAAUGACAUAUUUGACACUUUACUGAAAGCACUUUCUGAUCCAUCUGAUGAGGUUGUGCUUCUAGUUCUUGAAGUGCAUGCAUGCAUUGCUAAAGAUCCUCAGCACUUCCGUCAGCUUGUUGUUUUCCUAGUCCACAAUUUCCGUGUGGAUAAUUCUCUUUUGGAGAAGCGUGGUGCUUUGAUAAUUCGUCGACUUUGUGUGCUUUUAGAUGCUGAAAGAGUCUACCGUGAACUAUCUACAAUACUUGAAGGGGAAUCUGAUCUAGAUUUUGCAUCAGUUAUGGUUCAGGCUUUGAACUUGAUCUUACUCACAUCGUCCGAAUUAUCUGAGCUUCGAGGUCUUUUGAAGCAAUUAAUGGUAAAUCCUGCUGGGAAGGACUUGUAUGUUUCUUUGUAUGCUUCAUGGUGCCAUUCUCCAAUGGCAAUUAUAAGUCUCUGCUUCUUAGCUCAGACCUACCAACAUGCUAGUGCUGUGAUUCAGUCUCUAGUUAAGGAGGACAUUAAUGUCAAAUUCUUGGUCGAACUGGAUAAACUAAUUCGCUUGCUGGAAACCCCGAUCUUUGCCUAUCUAAGAUUGCAGCUACUUGAACCUGGAAGAUAUAUAUGGUUAUUUAAAGCAUUGUAUGGUCUUCUGAUGUUGCUUCCCCAGCAAAGUGCUGCCUUUAAGAUUCUAAAAACUCGUCUUAAAGCCGUGCCGCCAUAUUCUUUAAAUGGCGAGCAAUUUAGGAGAACAUCCUCAGGUAAUCCCUACCAAAUUUUUCAACACUUGACUGGUGGAUCUCAAAUCACUGAGGAUGGGGACAUAGCUGUGGAUGUUGGCAACCCAGACAAUGGAAUCGACUUUGCUGCAAGGCUACAACAGUUUGAGCAAAUGCAGAACCAGCAUCGCAUGCAUGCUAGAGCUCAGGCACAGUUGCGCAAUACUUCCACUUCUGUGUCCAAGGUUGCUGAUCUUUCCGUACUGCCUUCUACUUAUUGAUAUAAUCAUAUGGAGGACGCAGAGAGAGUGGAAGAAACAAGGCAACGUCUGUCAUCUGAUCCUCGUGUCUCUUCUCCCAGAUCAUCAAAAAGAGGCCCUGGGCAGCUACAACUAUAGUUAUAGUGUUGCACUUGCUCAUCGCGAGUCACAUUGUGUACGGAUCUCACUGUAUGUUAAAUUUGAAAUGAAUUAGGCUAUGUAGAAUUGUAAAUCAUAGGAGUUUAUUCUCCUUGUAGAGGCUGGGGUGGUGAAAAUUGGGUUUGGAAUCACCAUGAAGCCUUGGGUUUUCCUGGGCUAUUCUUUUGAUCUUGUAAAGAGGGGAGGCUCACGUGGUUCCAUUAUGUUUUGUUGAUAACCGUGUGGGCCAGAGAGGCAUAUAUUUAUUUAGAGAAGCUUCAUUUCUUUCGCUGUUCAGUGCCCACUGUCAACAUUCUGAAUUCUGAUAUUUGUAAGCAACUGGAUUUUACACUUGAUGCGAUGUGUGGGGAUAUUAAUUUUUUGUUU